AUGGUUCGCGGCAGCCUCAUUGGCCGGCAUCUCCGCGUCAGGCAAUUCAAUGUUUGCGCCCAGUGUUCCUACCGACAUGGCCUUGUCCGACGGUUAACAACAGACGGCCGUAGUAGAGUAUCCAAUCUCUGGCUACCGAUUCCGAAGAUAAAGCCCAAUCCCAAGGAAGAAGCGCAGGAAGAUGUCCACGCACUGUUGCUCAAAGCUGGGUACAUUCGAAAUGCAUACCCGGGUGUAUUUCACAUGCUGCCAUUGGGCCUUCGAGUGCAGGAUAAGAUCGAGAAAUUGAUCGAUAAGAAUAUGAGGGCUAUUGGUGCUUCGAAAACUGCCCUACCUUCUAUCUCCGCCCAUUCGCUAUGGCAGAAAACAGGAAGAGCCGACAAAAUGGGUAAAGAGCUCUUCCAAUUCAAAGAUAGACAUGGAACAAACUACCUGCUCGGUCCCACCCAUGAGGAGGAGAUCACAUCCUUGGUCUCCUCGACAAUUUCUUCUUACAAGCAAUUGCCAUUGCGUGUCUACCAAAUAACCCGGAAAUACCGUGACGAACGUCGUCCUCGCGCUGGGUUACUCCGUGGCCGCGAGUUCGUCAUGAAGGAUUUAUAUACUUUCGACUACUCCUCCGAAGGUGCACUGAACACCUACACCGACGUCGUCGGUGCUUAUCGAUCAAUCUUCAAUGAACUCGGCCUUCCCUAUCUCGUCGCAGAGGCGGAUAGUGGUAAUAUGGGUGGAAAUCUAUCCCACGAAUACCAUUACGAGUGCAAUACUGGGGAAGACACGGUCCUCAGUUGCUCUGGGAAAGAAGGAAAAGCCGAAGCGUGCGGGUAUACUGCUAAUAUGGAGUGCGUGGAGUCCAUACCGGUUCGCAAAGAGAAUUGGGAAACCAAGAAGACGAAGGUUUGGUAUGGGGUUAGUAAGGACAGGAAGGUUCUUGUGAAGGCCUACUACCCUGGUUUUGUCAGACAAGCCUCGGUCGAAGGUGGGGAAGGGGAAUGGCAUAGAAGGGAGGUUAAUCCCAGGGUUAUUCAGACUGUGCUUGGUGAGGAAGGCGGAGGUCUCGAGGCUGGAAUGGAAGAAGCUAGUGCGUUGAACGCAUGGGAAGACAGCUUUACAUCAUUCAACGAUACUCUUGAUACUACGACUGGACAGAUAAAAGAAGGAGAAUCAUACAGCCGAAUUAUCAAGAUCUAUGACGGCCACAUCCUCGACGGCGACGGCGGUUCAAAGUUCUCGACUUUCUCCGAACACGAAGAAGACUUCGGCGCUGAAUCGCAAAGCAUGAUCAAGCAAUUCUAUUCCGACAAGAAGAUUCCAACUGUUGUGAGGACUAAUGUGAAUGGCAAAGAAGGGGAAGAUGAUAAAACACCAAUUUUCUUGUGUAAACCGAUAACUGGGGAUGCCUGCCCCAGGUGUGAGGAUAGCAAAAUGGUGGCGACAAAAACAACAGAGCUGGGCCAUACUUUUUUCUUGGGAACGAGAUAUUCUGAUCCCUUGAAGGCUUAUGUCGGCACUGUGAACGAGGACGGCGUGCAAAUCCAAGCCCGUUUACAGAUGGGAUGCUAUGGUAUCGGGGUUACUAGACUCAUCGCUGCUAUUGCUGAAUUGUUGAGAGAUGAGAAGGGACUGUGCUGGCCCAAGGUGGUUGCACCUUACAGUGUAGCCGUUGUUUACACGGGUAAGAAGGGUGGAGACGACAUGAGUGGUACGGCUGAGGAAGUGUAUGAUUCGAUUGUGCAAGGCAAUCGUUGGCUGGAAGAUGAUGUUCUCUUGGACGAUAGGGAUGAAUCAGUGGCCAGAAAGAUGAAAGAGGCGGACAUGAUAGGAUAUAGCACCGUGGUGGUGAUUGGAAACAAGUUUGAGGAAGACAAGCUGGUUGAAGUGCAAGAGAGAAGGACGGGGAGAAAACAUAUGGUUACGAUGGAUGAACUGUCCCAAAAGUUGGAUGACAUCCUUGACUAG